AUGCCCAAGCCCACCACCGCUGUCGUUCGCAUCUCCAGACAUCUUCGCAAUAUUUCGCGCAAUGUCUGGCGCCUAUCUUCAUCCUUGACGCUCCCAACUACUUCUUCGACAAAAUCGGCCCCGCGCUCACGUGCCACCUCACCAAUAGCCCGCGGUGUAUGCAUUGUACUCGUACUAAUCCUUUUUGCCACCUUCUCCUUCCCGCAUAUCCGUCGUUCCGCCCAUUUCGCCUCACAAGACAGUCACCAUCCUCUCGCUCCGGGCUUCGAGCACCCAUCCCUCGCAUCAAAAACCAAUCCUCUCUCCGGCGACAGACCUUUUCGCCUUGUUCUUGUUAUCCCCGCUUUCACGGGCCUGCCCCCUCCACCGAAUCCAGCCUUCUCGGCCCCCUCAACCCUCGAUGUCCCACCUGAUUCCAAACUAUAUUCAUCUCGCGCCUUGUCUUUGUUGAUAACUUCACUCGUUGAAGCACAUUACGACAAUGAACCAGUGUCUCUCUCGCUUGUUCUUGCGCCAGAACCGAAUUCUACCACCUACGAGGCGAGAUACCUACAAUGCCAAGACGUCGUCUGGCCACAUGGCGACAAGACCUUGCAUAAUGCUACUACUGGUGGUCUGUUCGAACUCGGCGUCUCCAGUUGGUCUCCUAGUCGGGGUGACACGGAGAAGGUUCUCAUCGUCGAUGCGUCCCGGGCUCUGCCUUUUGUCCCGCAGUUUUACCGUUACUUAAAGAGCGUCCGCCGCAGAUACAUGAGCUCAGCAGCCGACAUUGCUGGCUUCACACUUGAGCCCGUUUUAAUCCGUCGCCGAGAAUCUGUUCUGGGCCGCAGCACGGGCAGUUACACCUCUGCAUUCGUGGGUGAGGGCGAAGCUGGCGACGAGGUCUUCUUGUACCACAAUUUGCCCUUCGUUGCUGCGUUUUCUCCUGUCGACUCAGAAGUUUGGCGCGCCUUCCAACGCUGGUUUGCUGCGCAUCGGGCUGAAUGGUUUUUGUGGCCAACGGUUGUCGGUGCCAAGGAUAAGAAAGAUUCCGCGUGGGGUCAAUACAGAGGCACGGCUCGUGCGCACUGGACGCUUUGGUUCUCACGUUUUUGUGCAGAGUACAACCUCUUCACCGUGUAUCCAAGGCGACAUCGACCGGAGCCCUUGCCGCCUGUCGGCAGGGUCUCGGCUUUGCCGCCGUUAUCUCGAUUCAAUUUUGAUGGGAAGAAGGUCGAGAAGAAGGAGCAAAUUAGCGCAGCGAACUUGGAGAAAAUCGUCGAGCUUGGGCGUCGGCAAGGUGGCUCAGUAUCAUUGACAGUCGUAAACACAGCCUUUGUUGAAACGGCACGCAGCUGGAUAUGCAAUGUUGACGCAGCUCAAAUUCGUCCGCCAGGGGUAGUAUGGAUAACAACUGAUGACACGGCGUACAACGCACUUCGAGACGUCAGCAACUCACAGACUGUGCGCAUGACCGAGUUCAGAGGCGGUCAAGCGCGAGCUGGGACGUCAUAUGGUUCCCCUGGAUACUGGUUGCUCAUGCUGGAACGCACGCAGCUCAUUCGAGCUAUACUAGAACGGGGCAUUGGGGUUUUUGCAUUUGAGACAGAUCAAAUUUGGUUACGAGAUCCGGUGCCGUUCGUGCAGCGGUUAAUUCAUAGUGGGGACGAAGUGGACGUAGUUGGGACGCUUGACACCAGACAUGAGAUUGGGGGUAACUUUUUGUAUUUGAAUCCAACACUUGCGACGCGCAGGGUUUGGCGCGAGGUAUCCCAUCGCUUCGAGAAAGCAUAUAGAAGCAGUAAGAUGGAAGGGCAUACGUCUCGGGUUCGCAGAUACAUGGAAAACGAUCAGUCAAUCCUGACAAAGUUGAUAUUCUUCGACGAACAGUUCAAGAGUCGGAACCCUGUCGUUUUCCGAGCUUUAGAUACCGAGCUAUUUGUCGACGGACGAUGGUACGACACCAAGGAGAAGCAUUAUACAUCUGCAAGAUCCCGAAGUCCGAUCGUGGUGAACAACAACUUCUUGAUUGGAAUUGACAAAAAGAAGAAACGAGCCGCAGAGAACGGACACUGGUUCUUGAAGUCAGAUGGAAAAACUUGUGACGAGAUACUUGUCAAGAGGGCUGUGAGCGAUAACGAACAGCGUGCUCCGUCGCUAGCGGGGUUUGGUACCACUGACGGUGGUAUGGCACCGGAAAAGGAUUCGGAAGAAGAGGAGUCUGCUGCAUCCGAUUCAAAGGAUGAUUCACUUGCUGCUAUGCGUUCAGCUCGUAUAGAGGGUGCUGACGUGGAAGCGGGGCUGGACGCAGCGAUGAUGGCCAUCGGGAAGGAACUUGCGACUUAA